UGUGUGUGGUUGUCUGGAAGUGGAAAUGGGCAGUAGGGAGGAGGAAUGUGAAACAUUUCUGAUGCCGGUCCAGCGGCUGUUUACACGGUAGUCAGACUGUGACAUCAGAGUCCAGACUUUAUAAAUGUCAGCAGGCGCAAGAAUGAGCAGUUAGCAAACAGCAUCACACAGGUUAGUGAGACAGACGGAGCUCCAUCAGCAACGAACACAAGCCCCCAUGGACCGACUGCUGUGUGAUUGUGUGAUAGCUCUGGCUGGACUGCUGUGUGUGGCUACACAGGUGUUGUGCCAGCUGUGUGACAGGCCCUGCCUUUGCCCCACUUCUGUGCCCCAGUGUCCCUCAGGAGUCCCGCUGGUGCUGGAUGGCUGCCGCUGCUGCCAGGUGUGUGCCCGGCAGCGGGCCGAGCCCUGCACCGAGAUGUUUCCCUGCGACAGCCAGAGAGGACUGCAGUGCGACUACAGCGCCAGUUUCCCCGGAGACCCCGGGGAGUGUGUCAGUCAGGAGGAUCUGCACUGCGAAGUCAAUGGCAUCACUUACCGUGAGGGCCAGUCCUUUCAACCCUCCUGUGACACCUACUGCCACUGCAGAGGCGGAGGGGUGAGCUGUGUGCCAGCCUGUCCUCUAAAUGCCCGUCUUCCCACUCCAGACUGUCCCAACCCACAACAUAUCCGGCUACCGGGGAAAUGCUGCAAGGAAUGGGUGUGUGAAAACCUGGAGAACACAGUCAUUCAGGACGCCAUCACAGCCAUGAGACCUGGCAGGCUGUGGCCAGCUCUCCCGAUGGAUCACCCUUUAAACAAACUGGUCCCACCUGCCUCCACCUGUAUAGCACAGAGCACCCAGUGGAGCGCCUGUUCCCAGAGCUGCGGGGCUGGGGUCUCCACACGGGUUUCUAACCAGAACCCAGCCUGCAAGCUGCAAAUGGAAACUAGACUUUGUAAAGUGCGGCCUUGCCAUACAGUUCCGCCCGUCCCAAGGAAACCAAUGUGGGGACAGCAGGGAUGGUGCAGGGCUAGCUACACGUCACCAGGGCCCAUUCGGCUGGUUCACCAGGGCUGCUAUAGCACCCGGGCCUACCAGCUGCGGUACUGCGGACAGUGCACUGACUCCCGCUGCUGCACGCCUUAUCAGAGCACCACGGCUGAGGUGACCUUCCGCUGCCCCACAGGCAGACUGCUGCAGCGAGCUGUGAUGAUGAUCCACUCAUGUGUUUGUCACAACAACUGCCCCUACUCACCUUACAGUAACCCUGCUCUGUGGGGAUACAGGCCCUGAUGACCCCGAACAGUAAGACUUCACUGAUUCGUAUCACACAGGCUUCCUCUGAUCAAUGUGCCUUGGAAGACAAAAUGACAAUUGUCGAUAAAAACUGUGAUUGAUUUGGAAUGAACGUUGAUCUUCACACAUGUACAAUCUCAAACUGCACUUUUUCACAACUCCUUUAUACUCCCACACA